AUGACUAUCUCCGUGGAAUCACGUCGGCGAUAUCACGCUCUGCCUGAUGGCUAUAUUCGGCUUUUGUCCAUUGAGCCGUCAGCGGAUCGCGAUGCCCGGGUCGAGUGCCACCUCGCCCCGGCACAAAUCGGCGACCGACCAUACGAGGCUCUAUCCUACGUCUGGGGUCUGGAAGACGCAAGCCUAGGCAUUCUUGUGGACGAUGAAGAAAUGCUGGUACGACCCAAUCUCCAUGGCGCCCUCAAGGAGCUCCGCUUGACAGAUGAGCCGCGGACGCUCUGGGUCGACUCCAUCUGCAUCGACCAGUCGAAUAUUGCCGAUAAAACUCAGCAGAUCAAACAGAUGGCAACAAUUUACUCGUCUGCCACACAAGUUGUUGUCUGGCUAGGCGAACAGGAUGACGACACGGAUGCAGCGCUGGACUUCAUCCAAGGCCUAUCAAAUCUGGACCCUGCCACAGCCCAGGUGAUUGUGGACAACGAGAAUAUGCCAUGGGAGCUUCGCAAGCGGGUCUUCAAUGCGCUUGGUAUGAAACACGGUAUCGACAACUAUGACGAAGUUGUCGGGGGCCUCGUUAGGCUUAUGGGGAAUACAUGGUGGACGAGAAUCUGGACUGUCCAGGAGAUCGUGUUGGCUGACUCGGCAACUCUAAGAUGUGGCGCGAAGUCUGCCUCGUGGGGCAAUCUCAGCAAGUUGGCUGCGUUUGCCCUCGAGGUUGCUCAUCAUAACACUCUGGAUUUGGGACGGCCAAUGGACGAGGCAAUAUUUGAUGAAGUCACCGCUCGUGUGUCUGAGCUAUACAUUACCGUUGGCUCUCUCAAUAGUCUCUCAUACAGAAUCGCCCAAAGUUUAGAUAUAUCUUUGGAGCAGAUGAUCUGGCCUCAGCUGCUCACAAGACGAGCAACAAAUCCCUUGGACGUGAUAUACGCACUCCUAGGCAUGGUGACGGAGAAGUCUGUCAUCGAGAUCGACUAUGGGAUGACCAAGAAGCAGGUGUACACGAGCACUAUGAAAGCCAUGCUCGAGCGAGGAAUUCGCCUUCUUCCGCUGCAUCUUCUGCAGGACUGCUAUAUGAAGCGUGAUGCCAGUCUCCCGUCUUGGGUACCCGACUUCGAAAUCCUCCAUUCUUAUGCGACUAUUAACCUAGCCACAAGUGGUGUCGGGACAACCCUGGCUAUGGCCUCUUUGUACAACGCGUCGCUCGGAGAUGCUACGGAUCAACACGUACCCCAGUUCCUUGGCGACGACAAUGAUGUCUUGCAGGUAGAAGGCGUGUCAGUAGAUCAGGUGGCAAGCGUAGGGAACGUCUGCCCUCGCUUCCCCGACGGAUGGGAAAAGCGGUCACUUCAGCUUCAAACUGUUGUUGGACAAUGGCGUGAACUCAUACCAACGACAACAGACGAGUACAUUGGUGGAGGUUCCGUCAUUGAGGCGUUUUGGAGAACGGUGACAUUUGACCUCGAGCUCACGGAUCGAGACUAUCUGGCCGGUAACCCAAACAGGAGAGACAAGAGAUUGCCUAGAGGCGCCCCAGGGAUGCCCCCGACAACCGAAGCAGAGGAAGCUGAGAUACUGGAGGGAAUUGUCGAUGCCCCUCCUCCCAAGACAGUCCUGGAGAAACUGGGCGAAAGGCGCUUGUUCACAACCAAGUCGGGGUACUUUGGCCUGGGGCCGGCUUCCACACAGCCUGGCGACACCGUCUGUGUUUUGCGAAAUGCUCUGUUUCCUAUCGUGGUCCGGCCAACCACGAAUGAUCGUUACAUUAUCGUUGGUCAUGGCUUUGUGCAUGGGAUUAUGUAUGGCGAAAUUAUCAAUUCCUUGAAGGAGGGACGAUCUUCACGACAGGUGUUUGAAUUUGUAUAA